CUUCAGUGAAGCUAGUUAACAUGUCAGAAAAUAGUGGAGGAGGAAACUUCAACGAAGAUUGGUAUGCACCACAGCAACAUACCUACCGGAGAAGACCAAGGAGCAAUCACCACAAUUCAUCAGACAAUAGAAGGCAUCAGGGUAAUCAACCAAGGCAACAGAGUUCCCAACCGCAUCAAAGUUAUCAACCAAGACAUCAUUCAGGGUAUGGCCCUGCACAAUAUCACAAUGGACAUUCUAAUGGUAGCUUCAACUUGGAAAUGAGUGACAGAUCUUAUGGUAAUUCGCCCAGAAGGCCAACUGGGCAUCAUCAAAAUCGACAAAAUUCAUCACGCCACACCUACAAGAGGGACCGAGAACGUGACCACAAGCAAGAAUCUAGAGAGAGCUCCCAGCGCGAGCGCUCUGGUACUGCUAUUCAAGAUAACCAAGCUACCUCACUGCGCCAUCAGAUUGAAUCAAAUACAUAUGAAUGCAUGGUCUGCUAUGAAACAUUGAACGCAUUUUGUGCGACUUAUUCUUGUAUCCAAUGUUACAAUAUAUUUCAUCUGACUUGUAUAAGACAAUGGGCUUCAUCUAAACUAUCUGAUAAUACUCUACCUGAGGAUGCAACUGCUGAUUGGAGAUGUCCAGCUUGCCAACUCUCUUCCACUAGCCUUCCCUUUCGAUAUUUGUGUUUUUGUGCAUCAGUUGUUAAUCCUGAAUACAAGUCAUUCAUAUUACCCCACAGUUGUGGAGAAAAAUGUACUAGAGUGAGAGAUUCCUGUUCACAUCCUUGUCCUGAACUGUGUCACCCUGGGAAAUGUCCAGCAUGUCCUGCAUCGGUCAUAACCUAUUGUGCAUGUGCAACAGAAUCUAAAAGAGUGAAGUGUAGUCAGAAAGACACUCCUUUCCAGUGUGCCAAAUCAUGUGGAAAACUUUUAAAUUGUAGAAAGCAUCACUGCGAAACUAUUUGCCAUUCUGGUGUAUGUGAUGACUGUCCUGAAUCUAAUGAGCUAGCUUGUUACUGUGGAAAAUCGUCCAAAGAUGUUCCAUGUGGGCUGGAGAAAGAAAGUAUGGGUCUUGAUCAUACAGGUUAUUGGUCUUGUUUUGAGAAAUGCUCCAAGACACUGACCUGUGAGAAUCACAUGUGUCUUCUACGCUGUCACUCUGGUCCAUGUCCACCUUGUGAAACUGAUGCUUCUGCAAUCACCAACUGUCCAUGUGGUAAAACGAAACUUGAAAAAAUAACUCCAGGUGUCAGACAGACAUGCCUUGAUCCCAUUCCUACUUGUAAAAGAAUAUGCAAGAAACCACUUGAUUGUGGAAUUGCUGACAUGAAACACUUGUGCCAGGCAAUUUGUCACAACGGACUUUGUCCUCCCUGUCUUGACAGAUCCAUUGUCAUGUGUACAUGUGAAUCGUCCUCAGAAUCUAUGUUGUGUUCAGACAUACCCGAGGGAGGGCUGAGAUGUGAGAAGGUUUGCUAUAAAAAGAAAAGUUGUGGCAGACACCGUUGUAACAGCAAAUGUUGUCUAGAAGAUAAUCACAUUUGUAUGAUGCCUUGUGGGAAAAUGCUAACUUGCAAAAAGCACAAAUGUGAGGAGCUAUGUCACAGAGGACAUUGUAUGCCAUGCUUGCUUUCAACAUUCCAUGAAGUUUACUGCACAUGUGGUAAAACCAAACUGGAUCCUCCUGUGGCAUGUGGUACUGCUCCACCAAAUUGUAAUGAGCCUUGUGGCCGAGACCACUCUUGUCCUCAUCCAGUAACUCAUACUUGCCACUAUGAGGAGCAGUGUCCUCCUUGUGCUCAACUCGUCAAUAAAGUCUGCAUGGGCGGACAUACAGUGCGCUUCAACAUCCCCUGUCAUGUACAGGAUGUCUCAUGUGGAGAUGUGUGCAAAAAGCGGCUACCUUGCAACAUGCACACAUGUGAGAGAUGGUGCCACAAGAGUGCUUGUGUUCUUUCUGACAGCGUCUGUGAACUUCCCUGCUUAAAAACUAGAAUUAUUUGCUCUCAUCCUUGUAAUGCUAAAUGUCAUCUAGAGAAACCCUGCCCUCAAAAUGUAUGCUUUGAAAAGGUUAAAGUUGUAUGUGAAUGUAGGAGAAGGUCUAUCAUGGUUCUGUGUUUCAAAGGAGCUACUCUGACUUCGGAGACACCGGAUCUUACUCGGUAUAGUGCAAAGCUGAAAAGCGUAGGCUUGUCUCUUUUGCAACAAGAUCUUCUGGACUAUCUCAAGAGUGGUGUGGUUCAGUGUGAUGAAAAUUGCAAAGUUGAGGAGAGAAAUCAGAGAAUGGCUGAGGGUCUUGGUCUCAAAGAUGUCCCUAUUGAUGCCAUUAUUGCUCCUACUUAUUCAGAAUUUCUACAAAAUGAAGCCCGAACCAAGAAAGAAUUCAUUAUCGAAAUUGAGAAUGUAUUUUUUGAUCUGAUUACUAAGUACAAGAAAAAGAAUCAGGCACUAGAUAAUUUCAACAAAGUUAAAUUCAUAUAUCACGACUUUAAAGUCAUGAACAAAGAAAAAAGAAGAACAGUUCACGAACUAGCGGUACCCUACAAAAUAACAUCACAAAGUAUGGAUGAAGAACCUCACCGCAAUGUUCAGGUUCGGAUAGGAUGGGAUGCUGUGGAACCUUCGAUAAAACUCUCUCAGUAUUCUCAGCGAAGGGUUAUUGGUGGUGUUGGAGCUAAAGCUACACAGAAACCAGCUCAGAAAGUAAAGGAAGAUGCUCCGAAUUUGCAAACACUUUGCUUGAGGACUAUGCAGAGAGAUGAAAUAGUUUUUGACAGUUGGGAAGAUAUAGACGAGAAUUAAAUGUUUAGAUAAUCUGUUUUGUGGGACGUAAUGGUUUUAUUUUGUUUUAGAUCAAUAAUUCAUUUUAAGUUAUUUGUGUUUGCCAGCGCUUUUUACACA